AUGUUUUCGACAGGCACACCGAGUGAGGGGGAAUGUUCAAGUCUGUUUGUCCAUGAGGAUCACCGCACCCAUGCAAACUAGACGAUUACUAAUUCAGCACUGACUGUAUAAUUGGACCGACAGGGGAACACCAACGCAUUCUGUCUCCAUAUAAAAGUGAAGAUCACUGCAGGUGAAAAGACAGAUGCUCUCUUAGGUGAUUCCAGCCGUGAACAACCGAGAUGGCCACAUAUCUGCCCUUACUGCUGCUGUUUGCAUAUACCUCCACAGGCUCUUCAGAUCCAAAUAGCUGUACCGGUCGUUGUGGUGAAGGCUACUACAAAGGAAAUGUGUGCCAGUGUGACAACGAGUGUAUGAGCUUGAAUGAGUGCUGUACAGACUUUAAAGAGUUGUGUACUACAAAGGACUCAUGCAAAGGACGCUGCGGGGAGCCUUUUCAUAGAGCCCAUACAUGUCACUGUGAUUUUGAUUGUGUCUCAUACAAUCAAUGCUGCCCUGAUUAUGAGAACAUGUGCUUGGUGGAAGAAACCUCUAGUGAGGACAUGACUGAUGGUGAAGAGUUUGGAGAGGCAGAAGAGGUAGCUAUCCCUAAGGAUGAAGAUGAGUCUGAAGGCCUUGAUGCCAGCAGCAUGCUUCCUACUGAUGAGAACCCAACUGAAGGUCCAUCAAGCACAGCACCAACUGAAGGUGCAGCAAGCACAGCACCAACUGAAGGUCCAUCAAGCACAGCACCAACUGAAGGUGCAGCAAGCACAGCACCAACUGAAGGUCCAACAACCACAGCAUCAACAGAAGAUCCUUCAAGCACAGCACCAACUGAAGGUCCAUCAAGCACAGCACCAACAGAAGAUCCUUCAAGCACAGCAUCAACAGAAGGUCCAGCAAGCACAGCACCAACUGAAGGUCCAACAACCGCAGCAUCAACAGAAGAUCCUUCAAGCAUAGCACCAACUGAAGGUCCAUCAAGUGUAGGGCCAACAGAAGAUCCUUUUAAUGCAGCACCAACAGAUGGUCCAUCAGGUGCAGGGCCAACAGAAGAUCCUUUUAAUGCAGCACCAAGAGAUGGUCCAUCAAGUGCAGGGCCAACAGAAGAUCCUUUUAAUGCAGCACCAAGAGAUGGUCCAUCAAGUGCAGGGCCAACAGAAGAUCCUUCAAGCACAGCACCAACUGAAGGUCCAACAACCGCAGCAUCAACAGAAGAUCCUUUAAGUUCAGCACCAACUGAAGGUCCAUCAAGUGCAGGGCCAACAGAAGAUCCUUCAAGCACAGCACCAACUGAAGGUCCAACAACCGCAUCAUCAACAGAAGGCCCUUUAAGUUCAGUACCAACAGAAGGUCCAUCAAGUGCAGGGCCAACAGAAGAUCCUUCAAGCACAGCACCAACUGAAGGUCCAACAACCGCAGCAUCAACAGAAGAUCCUUCAAGCACAGCACCAACUGAAGGUCCAUCAAGCGUAGCUACCCCUGUCCCAAAGAAGACACUGUCCACUCCUGCUCCAACAAAAAAACCAAGAAAACCAAAAAGACCCACUCGUCCUAGUAAAGACAAGAACGACAAACCCAAUUCAAAGGAAUCUCUCAAGGAUCCUAGUAGUGUUGCUCCAAUCAUACCAGAAGAAAAUCCUCUUGAACCAAGCUUUGACAAGAAUGGCAUUAAAGAUUAUCAAGCUGAUGAUUAUGACACUAACCUCUGCAGUGGGCGUCCAGUUAGCGGUUUGACUACUCUCAGAAAUGGUACCACUGUGGUGUUCAGAGGACAUUACUUCUGGACAUUGGACAAACAUAGAAAUCCCGAUCCUCCUCAACUAAUUACAAAGGUCUGGGGAAUCCCAUCUCCCAUCGACACGGUUUACACCCGCUGCAACUGCCUGGGCAAAACCUACUUCUUCAAGGGAAAGAACUACUGGAGGUUUGAGAAUGGUGUGAUGGAUCCUGGCUUUCCCAAACCCAUCACCCAAGGCUUUGGACAGAUUGAUCACAUCACAGCUGCUUUAUCUAUUCCAGAGUACAGAAGCAGAAAAGAGUCUGUAAUCUUCUUCAGGAGAGGUGGGAGGGCACAAAAGUACACAUACCAGGUUACUCCAAGUUGUGGGAGAAAGCCAAGAAUUUCUCUGUUGACCGUGAGAAGGAGAGCCAGACGACAAGCUGCUGCAGCUCUGGGGCAAGUGAUCACCAUCUCAAGGACCUGGAAAGGAUUUCCGACCGUGGUGACCUCAGCCGUAUCUGUACCCUCAAGAGUGAAAGAAGGAUACAAGUAUUACGUAUUCUCUCAAAACAAAUACUACAGCAUCAAAAUGGAAAGAGAAAAACCUGCCAUCCUAAAACCUGCUCAAGGUCCAAAGGAAAACGCAGCAACCAGCUUCUUCAAAUGCCCAGCAACCCAGAAAAACUGAGUCAUUUAUUGCUUUACCUCACGUCAUAUAUGAGCUAUUAAUUCAGAAUGCGUUGCUCCAGAAGUGCUUCACCUGGCAAAACGUCCCCUCACACCCGUGACGCCAUCUACAGGAAGACAGACAAGACAAGUCAAAUCCACUUAAUCAUGUUAAAUUCUACUUUGUUAAUAACUAAAUGUAUGAAUAAAUGAAUAAAGAUAUUUGCCACAGUUGGAAAAAUUAAAAA